AUGCCAUUAAAAAGAAGAGAUCCCGCCUUGAUGGCUGCUCAACGAAUGGUUCGAGAAGCAUUUGAUGAUCUAGAAAAAGCCAUAUCACCAGCUGACUCGGGAGAUUUCGAAACAACUAGUCUGCAGAACGUCCAGAAAGUGGCACUAGAUAUCGAGAAUGAGCUCGCAGCAAGGCAGUGCUUGCGCAAUAUGCGUCUUCUAAGUGAGACCUUCAGUCAAAACACCGAGUUCCAGCAGACCUUUGCAGUAUUUUACGUCGAUAUUCUGCAAUUUCACAAGCAAGCGUACAAGUUUGUUCGGCGAAGCGGAUGGAAAGUCUUCUUUCUAACUUCCUGGGGUCGGUUUCAACGAAGGUUUGACGGGAUUCUUGAAGACUUGGAAAGACACGAGCAGCAGAUUGACAAGGAGGCUAAUGCCUAUAACAUUUCCGAGGCAAGAAACAUGAGAAAAGCUUUAGAGGAAUGGAGACGAGAAAGCCUUUCUAAAGUCAAGCAUAACGAGGAAGAGCAGACCGCUAGACAACUUGAGGCCAUUUCCAGUUGGCUAAAGAAAAACGAGACCGACCAAUCACCCAUCUUUGACCGGAUAUCAAAUGAAGGAUCAAAAUAUCCGGGAACGUGUUCGUGGAUUACAACAAAUUCAAAGAUAUCGGCCUGGCUUCGAGGCGACCAGUCGGAUGCGCCUCUUAUUUGGCUCCAGGGCAAACCCGGAAGUGGAAAAAGUGUCAUUGUUGGACAGUUAGUCAAGUUUUUGAACAAUUCUCCCACGUCAUUUGUCGUGUCUCACUUUUGCACGUACUCGUACGCAUCGUCAACCCAGUAUGAUGAGAUUCUCAAAUCGUUACUUUUUCAACUGCUCAGUGCGAAUAGCGAUGCGGUUGCGCAUAUAUAUGGGGGAUAUGUGGUUGAAAGGAAAUCAGCUAGCAUUCCUCUGCUAGAGAAGCUGCUUCAGACAGCUAUAACCGCGCUACUAGAGGAUCGUGGUCAUCCGCAUACGAUACACAUGCUCAUCGAUGGGCUGGACGAGAUGGAUGCAGAGAAGCAACGCCGUAUCAUUAAAUUGAUGAAUCAAAUACUGAAGGCUCAACCUUUACGUGGCGCAGUCCUCAAGGUUCUUUUCUCUUCCCGGAGCUCGCAACUUCCGAAAAAGGGAUUUCCAAAUAAAUCGAUGGUUUCAUUAAGCGACGAAAAGGAUAGUCUUGAACAGGCAAUCCGAGCAUAUGCCGAACAGAGAUUGAAGGCACAAGCUUAUCGGCUAUCGCAGCUUGGUCUUCAAGACCCUCAUUUCACAGAGAUCGGACAAAGUAUAGCCACUAGAGCGGAUGGCAUGUUUCUUUGGGCUCGUCUUGUUCUUGAUUAUCUCUCAAACAACAUGUUCUAUAGCAGUCGAGAAAUUUGGGACGCAAUCGGGACCCUGCCCCGCAAGUUGGCUGACUUCUAUGAGCGGGUGUUGGUGCAAAUGAUGUCCAAUUUUGAUAGCCGAUCUGUGGAUCGAAUGAGGAGCAUAUUCGGAUGGAUAGCAUUUGCGAAGCGACCCCUUCGUAAAUUCGAGUUAAGGUCGGCACUGUCAUUUAGUGCCGGUGAUCCGACAGUAGAGGACCCUGUUCCCCUUUACAUUUUCGAUAUGGGUGUACCACUUAUCGAGGAGCGCCUUGACUCGACCCUCGCGUUUAUACAUGUUUCUGUCAAAGAUUAUCUACAAAUGUCCAACAGCAAGUUGCCCAUUGUCCGAGACAAAGCAGUUUACGAACAUGGUAUUGCAUCUGUUACUUGUCUUGAGUCCGGGUUGGAUGUAUUCAACCCAGGCUUCUCAGACCAUGACCGCAACACUAGAGUAUUGAAAGGCUUACAUGGCUUUCAUGUCUAUGCCAACGAAAAUUGGAUUGAUUAUGUUUUGGAUAUUCUUACGUCAAGAGACAGGCAACAGGCCCCUGAUCUGUUGGCGAAAUUGGCAAAGCUUUCCGAUAUAUUAGCAAGCUUGGGGGUCUCAUCUGCCUCUAAAAACACAGAGAACGAACCGACACUCUCAGGGGGCGUUCUUGAUUUGAUUAAAGAGUAUCCAGUAUUGUAUAAGAAUGCCAAAAUGGCAUUGCAAGCACGAGAUCGGAAGACAUUAAGUGGUGUGACGGUCCAAGACGACUCUUCGUCGCCUGAAUUGCAGCCAAUAAUGGACCUUGGUGACACCAUGAGGAACUAUCAAGCGACUGUCCGAUCUCUUCUCGCGCUGCGCGACUUUCCUACCAUAACAACAGAGGAGCUAGAGCAUUUUCAGCGAGAACAUAGCACCAGCGCCUUUACUUGCCGUUUAUCAUCCUGUCCUCGAGCCACGGUCGGAUUCGAAAACGAUGAAUUGCGACUGAAACACGAAGCUAGCCAUGCACCAUGUCUCAAAUGCCCCUUCCCUGACUGUCAAUACCCCCCAUUUCGUUCGGUACGAGCGUUGAAAAGCCACGAAGCCAACUGCCAUGAUGCAGGAAAUGGCAGAAAGAGAAUACGCAAGACGAAUGCUCUAGUCGGCCUACAGCCCGCAUUUGAUAAUAGUGCUGUUUCGACAUACGCUGUUUACGCUCCGACUGAUGAAAAUUGUUUUUAUGAUGACCUGUGGGUGGAUGCAAUACGGCGGUCGAUGGACCAAUGA